AUUUCCGCUAGGCGGCGCGCGUGCACGGUCCCCUGAGACCGAGGUUCUCCAUGACAACAACAGCAACAGCGAGACGUCGCCAUCUUGUGUAAACGCACUCAACAAACUGUGCAAGGGUUUCAGCAAUAUGAGCAGUUUCCCCUGAUUUCUCUUAGAUAGCGGGACGAAUCCUCAAAGAUGUCGCACGAUACCUACAACACCCUGUGGAAGCAGGCCCACACGACCAUCACAGACCUGCUGGAGAUAGAACAACCAGAAGAACCACCAAAGCCUGAGAGGGACCGUCUGACAGCCUUCCAGAAUGUUGCGACCAUGUAUGUCAGGUACAUCCAGAUAUUCCGAAAGCUGGAAAGCUCCUACGACCAGAUUGUCCACCCACAAAAAAGACGCGUGUUGCGCCACGUGUUGGACGGUGCCAUCGGCCGUAUUCUCGAGUUGAAGGGCGAACUGACUGGUCUGGAGUUCUCGGAGUUCCACUACUUUGACGACAUCCUCUCAGAUUUAAAACUGACUCCGAAUGACAUUGAAAUGCCGAUCCCCAAGUACUUCACCUUGGAGCGAUCCAAGAUCCUGAAGGAUCGGGAGAAACUUCUGGGCCAGAUUCUGGCCAAGCUGGGCCCACAGGAUAAGGACCUGAAAGAAGAAGAGAAGCCGAUGUCUCUGGAAGAGUCCAUCAGGAUCAUCCAGGUCCACGAGCGAGCGCGGCAGGGUCGGCUCCGUGCCAAGUUCAUGCGCGAGAUCCGCAUGCAGGAGGAGCGGGAGAGGCAGGCGGCCAACCGCGGCGCUCCGACCAUCGAGCCCGACACCGCCGCCAUCCGCAUUCAGAAAGUGUGGAAAGGUUUUGCUCAAAGGAAAAGGACAAAGAGAGAGAGAGAAGAGGAGAUGAUGUUUAUUGGGAUGACACCGUUGCCAGGUCAGCCUGCAAAGAACACGCCACAGUUUUUAGCAACUAAAACAGAGUCCGCCCGCAGAGUUACCCAGGAGGAGCACGAGCGGGAGUACCAGCAGGCGUUGGUGACCAUCAAAGAGAAGCUGCGUGAGGUGGAGGGGCCGGAGAUGAAGGAGAGCAUGCAGGACCAAAUAAGGCAGUGGUUCAUCGAAGUCAGGGAUGCCACAGGAAAGUUUCCGGACUACCCAGAUGAAGAUGAAGGUGGCUCGGCCAUGAUCUUCAAAGAAAAAACUCCAGAAGAGGUUGAAGCUGAGAUGGCAGCCAAGGCUGAAGAAAAGGGGAAGAAAAAGGGCAAGAAGGGGAAGAAGGGCAAGAAGUCUGGCAAGAAAAAGGGCAAAAAGGGAAAGAAAGGGAAGAAGGGAAAGAAAGGAGGUGACGACGAAGAGGAAGAGGAGCCAGGCUUCAAGUUGGCCCCUUCUCAGUUUGUUCCAGCUCUUGCUGAGGGAAACACUCAGUUUCAAGGUGUGUGGAAGGAGCGAGACGAGUCGGACAACUUCAGCCAGAAGCACGAUGCCGAGCUGAUUAAGGAAGACAAGCGGAAGGAGGUGGAGGGAGAGGUCCGGCUGCAGGUGGACGAGCUGAUGAGGGAGGAGCUCAAGAACCUCAAAGCUGCUGUGGAGAGAGAUAAGGGAAAGAAGGGAAAGAAAGGAAAGAAGAGUGGAAAGAAGAAGAAGAAGAAGGGAAAGAAAAGUGGAAAAAAGGGCAAGAAGGGGAAGAAAGAGAAGGAUCUCACUGCUGACAGGACUAUUGAAUCCCUGUAUGAGGAGUUAGUCCAGGAGGGAAUACUGGUCAGGUGUCCGAAGGUGCACAUGUCCGACUACCUGGGGGAGUACAGCUACCUGGGCACCACCCUGCGUACCGCCAACAUCGAGCCCAUGCCGUCUCUACACGACGUCCGCAGGGUGGUCACGGAGUACGGCAUCCUUCCGCUAGGAUCUCAGGCUGUCCACGAACAGGCACCGCUCGUCAAGUCUCUCCUGCUGACCGGUCCGCGCGGGACGGGGAAGAAGAUGCUCGUCCAUGCCAUCUGCACGGAAACCGGCGCAAACCUGUUUGACCUGACGUGCACCAACAUUGCGGGGAAGUAUCCCGGGAAGAGCGGCCUGGCUAUGAUGAUGCACAUGGUCUUCAAGGUUGCCCGGCAGUUGCAGCCUUCCGUCAUCUUUGUUGGAGAUGCGGAGAAGACAUUCUUGAAGAAAGUCCCCAAGACUGAUCCUACUGACCCCAAGAGGCUGAAGAAGGACCUCCCGAAGGCCAUCAAAGGCAUGAAGGCGGAGGACCGUAUCGUGGUGAUCGGGACGUCACGCCAGCCCUUUGACUGCGAGCUGAAGGCUCUGACGGGCUGCUACCAGAAGAUCGUCCUCAUCCCGCGUCCGGACUACGCCUCACGAUUCUUGAUGUGGCAGUCCAUGAUCCAGAAGGGCCAGGGGAUCCUCACCAACCACCUGGAUGUGAGCUCCCUGUCCAAGGUGACAGACGGGUACACACCUGCGCAGAUGUGGACAGCUAUACAGCAGGUGCUGACAGACAGGCGCAUCCAACAGUUAUCCAAGAGGCCGCUAACAUCUGUGGAGUUCAUCAGUCCGUUGGCCAGGAUAGAUCCUAUCUACAAGGAAGAAGAGGAAGCCUUCAAGAGUUGGAAUGAGAAAACUCCGCUGGGGAAGAAGAGGGCAAAGGCUGCCAAAGGGGAUGAUGAUGAGGACGGGGGAGGGGGGAAGGGAAAGAAAGGCAAAAAGGGCAAGAAGAGUGGGAAGAAGGGAAAGAAGAAGAAGAAGAAGUAAAUGCCACGUCACCCAGGAUGAGAUUAACACUGUGUAUAGUAUACAUACUCCUUAUAAUUUGUAUAUCAAGCUGUACUAUAUCAUUAAUGUUACUGUGGAGAUAAAUGCAGUGGGGUUUAACCAUUUACAGAAACUCCAAGUGAGACAGGAAAUAAAAUAAAAACUUGUAGUUACUAAGCUUUGUAGAGAAAUCAACUUUGAUGAUUAAAAAAUUAGAAAAAAAUUCUUCAUAUAGGCGAAGAAAAGUUAAGACCUAUUAGCUAUAUACUGGGCGUGGGUGGUGAACUAUUGUGACUGUCCCCUAUUGGUAUGUUUGUAAAAUGAUGCAUACAUCUCUGCAGUUUUGUUAUGAAUUGAUGGAGGUAAAAUGCUACUCUAUGUGAGGCCAACAUUGUUGUUCCUUCACCCUGAUUGUAAUUCCUGAUUAAAAACAAUGUGUUUGCACAACUAA